AUGCGAAAGUAUAUAUGCAUAUUUCCACGUAAGAGAGGUAUAACGGUUCGAUUGGCGUUUAUAACGAUGACCUUAACGUCUCUGUUGUGCGCGUGGUGGCUGGCCGGUCCCACUGGCAGGGCGCUUCUACCACCACUACCGGUGCAGCAGCUGGACCAUUUGAGAAUGAACAGGAAUUUGAAGAGCUACCUCGAUAAUAUUGACGUUCUCAUCCAACCGUCGUCCACUGUGUGCUCACAGAAAAAGGACAUACCGAUUUUAGUGUUAGUGACGUCAUCGCCGUCUCGCUUCGAGCAACGAGAGGCGAUCAGAAGCACGUGGGCGAGGCAUCUGCCGACGUACUUCAUAAUGGGUUUGAAUGGACCCUCUGUGGAAGAUUUAAUGGUAGAUAAUUACGUAGAAGCAAAGAAGUAUAGUGAUGUUAUAAUAUACAAUUUUCAAGAUCACUACCAGAACUUGACUCUGAAGACAGCGCUCAUGCUGAAGUGGACCCUGGAGCACUGCCCCACGGAGCUCAUGCUCUUCAAGACUGAUGACGAUGUGCUGGUGAACCCUUGGACGAUGAAACUGGUUUUGGAUGAGACUUCGGGGAAAGAUCUUGUAGGAUAUAGGAAAAUGAACAACUACCUUCAUCGCGACGAGUACAGCAAGUGGUACUCGCCCCGGUGGCUGUACCGACAAGAUUUCAUCUCCGAGUAUCUCUCCGGGACAGGAUAUCUCAUAAAUGGUAAACAUAUAAAGAAGAUACUGGAGACGGCAUUCGAGGUGCCGAUGAUUAACUUAGAGGACGUCUACUUCACGUAUCUCGUGGCGAAGCUAAAACUGGGGCUCAACCUGACCCACGAGCGCAGGCUGAGCCCUUACAAGCCGCUGGGGGGAGGGUGCUGCCUGUACCGGGGGCUGGCGUCCGCGCACAGCCUGGCGGCGGGGGAGAUGCGCGAUGUAUGGCCGAGUAUCGAGAGCUCGGGGGCGGAGAGCUAUUUGCAACUCAAGAGGGAUCAGCAAUUUAUUGUCUUGCUCAGCUCAAAUUGA